AUGAGGGACCGGCUGGCGGAGCUGCGGCAGCGAGCCGCGGCCGAGGGGGACCCGCACGAGGAUGCCCUGUGCUUCGACAACCCGGUGUUCGUUGGGGACGACGCCAGCCCCGUCAGCCGGGCGCUGCGGGAGGCGGCCGAGCUCUGGCGGGCGCUGGACCGGCUGGAGCAGCUCUCCGAGAGCAUCGACAGGAUGCAGCAGACGGUGCUGUGCUGCACCUCCGAGGAGAGCAUCGCCCGGGAGAAGCAGGGGCUCAGCGCCGCCAGAGCCGCCUUCGCCCGCGAGGCCGUGGCCCUGCAGCCCCAGCUGGGCGCCCUGCCGGCAGCGCCGGAGGGGGGCACGGGGCGAGCGGGACCCCGCGUCCGCCAGACCCAGCUAUGGCUGCUGCUGCGGCGAUACCGCGCCGUCCUCGCCCACCACUACGCCCAGGAGAGCCGCUACCGGCAGAGGCUGAAGGAGCAGAUCGAGAGGCAGGCGGAGCUGGCGGGCAUUGACCUGGGGGCCGAGGACUUGGACCGGCUGGCCGAGAGCCUCGAGGUGCCCCGCAUCGUGGGCCGGGACCUGGAGGAGCUCAAGGCCAAGCAGCACAUGGCCGCGGCCCAGGCGCGCCACCGGCAGCUCCUCGACCUGGAAGCGCAGAUGGCGGAGCUGCACGGGCUCUUCCUGCAGCUGGAGGGGUUGCUGGCCGAGCAGCACGGGGCCGCCGACAGCGUGGAGUGCUAUGUCCUGCGCACCCUCGACUACGUCGCCCAGACCGGCGGCGAGGUGAAGAAAGCCUUCAAGUACCAGUGGCCGUCGCGGCUCUCGGCCCUGCUGACGGCCGUGCUCAGCCUCUGCGCCUGCUGCGCCUGCCUGCCCUGCCUCGGCGGGACCCUCCGGUGA